CUGAGCGGAGAACAGAAUGGAAAAGAAAGACAGCGACUGGUCUGGAAGGCUGUGUUAACCACUAUUUGCACAGUCUCAGCUUUACAGGGUCUUCUAAGGAAUUGGCAGGUGACAGAGCCAAACGGCUCAACGUGCACCAGAAUGGGCAUUAAGAAGCUCGUCAUCCUUCUCCUGGUCCUCUCUCUUUGUCUAGAGGGAGGGUCUGCCAAAGAAAAAGGAACAAAGAAGGGGAAAAAGAAAGGGAAGCAGGUGUACUGUCCAUCACAGCUGUCAUCUGAGGAUCUGGCCCGAGUCCCGGCGAAUUCAACCAGUAACAUCUUGAACAGGUUACUGAUCAGCUACGAUCCCAGAAUAAGGCCCAACUUCAAAGGAAUUCCUGUGGAAGACAGAGUUAACAUUUUCAUCAACAGCUUUGGCUCGAUCCAAGAAACGACCAUGGAUUACAGAGUCAACAUCUUCCUGCGACAGCGCUGGAACGACCCCAGGCUGAAGCUACCGCAGGACUUCAAGUCGGAUUCUCUCACCGUUGAUCCCAAGAUGUUCAAAUGUCUCUGGAAACCCGACCUGUUCUUCGCUAACGAGAAGAGCGCCAACUUUCAUGAUGUUACCCAGGAGAACAUUCUCCUCUUCAUUUUUCGUAAUGGAGAUGUCCUGAUUAGCAUGAGGCUGUCCAUCACCCUAUCUUGUCCGCUGGACUUGACAUUGUUCCCUAUGGACACACAGAGGUGUAAAAUGCAAUUGGAAAGCUUUGGCUACACCACGGACGACCUGCAGUUCAUGUGGCAGACAGGUGACCCAGUGCAAAUGGAUGCCAUCGCUCUGCCACAGUUUGAUAUCAGACAAGAAGAUAUUGAUUAUGGGAACUGUACCAAAUACUAUGCAGGAACAGGAUACUACACAUGUGUAGAGGUUAUCUUCACCCUAAGGCGACAGGUCGGCUUCUACAUGAUGGGUGUUUACGCCCCCACGCUCCUCAUCGUAGUACUCUCCUGGCUGUCCUUCUGGAUCAACCCUGAUGCGAGUGCUGCCAGGGUCCCCUUGGGAAUCCUCUCAGUGCUCUCUCUGUCCUCUGAGUGCACCUCCUUGGCUUCUGAGCUUCCCAAGGUUUCCUACGUCAAGGCAAUCGACAUCUGGCUCAUUGCUUGCCUGCUGUUUGGUUUUGCCUCGCUGGUGGAGUAUGCUGUGGUUCAAGUGAUGCUCAACAGCCCAAAGCGCAUCGAGGCUGAGAAGGCCAAGAUUGCAUCCAAGGAGAAGGCUGCAGGAAAGAGCCCCGCUGCCAGGAACAACACGGUCAACGGGACCGGAGGGACGCCGCUUCAUGUCAGCACCCUGCAUGUGGCGGAGACACGCUGCAAGAAAGUGUGCACCUCCAAAUCAGACCUGCGAACCAACGAUUUCAGCAUCGUGGGCUCGCUCCCGCGGGACUUUGAGCUGUCGAACUUUGACUGCUAUGGAAAGCCUAUUGACACCGGCACCGGUCUCGGCAAAUCCCAGGCCAAGAACAACAAGAAACCACCACCUCCAAAACCUGUUAUCCCCUCUGCUGCCAAAAGAAUCGACCUGUAUUCCCGAGCCCUCUUCCCCUUCUCCUUUCUCUUCUUUAAUGUGAUUUACUGGUCCAUAUACUUGUGAUUACCCUGAAAUCAUCUUGUAUUAUUAACCCCCCACUUCACUCCCAUGAGUUCUUAAUGGAUCAGAUCACAUUCAAAGAGUUUGAUUCCAAAGUGAACAUUGAGAAUUGUCAAUCGUUCCCAUACAAAAUGAGAAGGCUGCAUACAAAAUGAUCACUGAGAAGAAAGUAAAACUAUGUAUUAUUAUUAUUACAUUUAUCUUAACUGAAAAUAGAAAUCAGUCAUCAUUUGUGUAUUAAACAAUGAUUAUAACUUAAACUUUCUUUACCUAAAAUGGAUAAAUAGCAUCAUGUAUUGAAAUAUUUUAUUUAUUGAUAAUGGUACUUGAGAGGAUAAUACAGGAUUGCCAAUGUACUGUAUCUGUUGUGAUGAAUGGUGUGUAAACAAAUCCACAAAGAUUGAUUGCGUAACGACUGAGAAGAAGAUGCACAGAUCUAUAAAAGAGCAUUUGUAAAUAGCUAUUUGAUUUUUUCACCCUUGCCUAGUGGGAGUCUGCCUGCAAGUUUAAUAAGUUAAAGCAUUUAAUUUAAGCUUCAAUGCAAAGUGUAACAUUGUAAUUACCUUGCAUGCUAAAAAAAAUUGCAUGUAUAUGAAGAUAAAAUAUAAAGAUAUAUAAAGUAUUUAUUACAUUUUAUUAUACUUAUGAUUUGCUCUUGAGAAGAAAAGUGGAUAUGUGAAACACUCCUGUUCCUGUCCAGAUGGUCAUGUGACACUGCCACUCCUCCAACGUUUGACAUCUCCCAACU